AUGGAGAACAAUAAGAUUACUAUGUUCAGAGAUCAGAAGAUUGGUCUUACAUUAUGGGAAAACUAUGCAGUCACUUUGUCAAAGUACAUGAAUGAUAAAGACCGCCCUGCUCAUGUUGUUAUUCUUGUGCAUUUUGGCACAGUAAACAUUUAUCAAGGUAAAGUUGACCUUACUAAUAUGUUUGAAGCAAGUCAUGUCUUCAUAAAUUCUGAUCUGGAUGAGAUAAAAGAAUUCAACGACAGGUAUCUUGAGAAGGAGUUUUCUAAAUCAUCUUCCAGUAAACAGUCAUGCUCUCAAGUGAUAUCCAAUGCAGAAGAUGAGUUUCUUAAUGCUGAAGACUUUGUGUUGACCGCUUUUAUUGCUUCAAUUGAUGAGGAGAAAAAGGUUAUCAUUGUUGAUACUGUUAUAACAAUUUCAAAUGAUAAGCCUUGGUACUAUUUAUCAUGCAAUCAUUGUAAGAAGCUAAUUGAAGAGAAAUCAACAUUGAUUGAAAAAGAUGACGGCAGUUUUGAUGUUUUGGAUGAGAAGACUUUUGAGUGUAUAAACCCUGAUUGUGAUGUUGUUGAUGUUGUCCCUGUUUAUCGUUACAAGAUUCCUCUAAGGUCUGAUUUGUCUGAGUCGAAUGUUCAAUGCUUGUCUGAUUCUGUUGGAAAUGUUAAAUGUUUAUCAAAGGAGUCUCGAUCUGUGAUCGGCGAUAGUGUUACGCCAGAUCAUUUUGAUGUUAAUGAUCAAGAUCAGUCAAAGUUCGAAAACAUCAAACGUAACCUUCAAGAUGUUUAUGAUGUUGAUGCUGUUGAUAGUUCUUCUGCUAAACGUCGAAACAAUCCUGGGAAUGUUCAAGUAAACGAUGUUGUCAAGUUGGACCUCAUCACCCCAAAGUUAGAGAAAUAA